AUGGACGGGAAAAGAGAUUCUAACACUGGCCGAGAACUUUUUGACGAGUCUCAAUACAAUGAGGAAGAUGAUCAAGAUUUUGUGCUGGAAGAUGGCGAGCAGGUUACAGCAAAUGUUGGAUCUGAUAUUGAUGAUGAAGACGAUUACGAGGAAAAUGGUGGUGAAGAUGAUUCGGCCAAACGUCAGAAGGUCAACUACUCUUCUAUUGAAAACGAACAAGGUGGAUUGAUUAAGACGAGAUAUGCCCGGAAAGUCGAGGAAGAACUGGGCAGGAAACAGAAGUACGAAUGUCUACGAGGUGAGGGUGUUAGUGAAGAGACGAACAAUAUAUGGGAAGACUUGCAGCGAGAGAGCCGAAACAGAAGCCAGAAAAGAUCAUCUAUAAUGAGUUUGCAGCCGAUAUCAAGUACUGAUGCGCUUAUGGGAGAAGAGCAGGUUUUGAUAGAACGCAGCUUUAAGUUUGCCAACGAAGUGGUGCACGAGAAGAAAUGGGUUCCUAAAUCCAGUGCUGGAGGCUAUGAGUUUUUAAGAACUCAAAAAGCGAAGAAUUCAAGAGAUGUGAACGAGGUCAAGAAAGCUACAAAUGACUACGGUAUGACUUUGAGGCGACCUUUGAAAAGACCGCCUAUACUUGAACAAAUCAUAGCAGGCGCUUUGAAGCCGAAGUUGACAACACUUGAGAAAUCGAAGCUUGAUUGGGUUGCGUACGUUGACAAAGAAGGUAUUAAUGAGGAACUGACGCUACACAACAAAGACGGUUAUUUGGCUAAACAAGACUUUUUAUCGAGAGUCGAAACUUUUAAAGAUAAUCAGUACAGGGAAAUGAGAAGAAAGCAAAUACAACAAAACGAUUAA